UUCAGUUGCCGUAGCAGCACUGCCUCAUUCCUCCACACACUCUGCUGCUGUGAGCUGUGCGCUGAGCUUCUCCUCUCCACUCAACACAAAACAACCUGUCGUCACACUCAGUUCUCCCAUAUUAUUGUUUUUUUUUUUUUUUUGUUCCUCAACAGUAGCCUUGAUUUUGGGUUUCUCUUGUCUUGUCUGUUAUGAAGAAGAAGCAGCUGGCCGGCCACUGUGGAAAGUUGAUCUCAGCCUGUCAACCUGGUGUGAUAAUAAUUGUCUGCCACUGGUCACCGUCUCUGCAGCCCAGAGAGCAUGGCUCUGCAGCCAGUGAAUGGGAGUGAGCUGGAGGCAUCGGCAGGCUGUGCAGAGCAGGGGAACCUCAGCUUGGUAGUUAACAUCACCUGCAGCAACUCCUCCGUCCUCAGACCUUCAACCAGAGUCAAAGAGAUGGACUCGCUGCGUAUCCUGCUCUAUGUGCUCAUCUUCCUGCUCAGCGUCUUUGGCAACCUGCUGAUCAUUUUGGUCCUGAUGCUGAACAAGCGCAUGCGGACUGUCACCAACUCUUUCCUGCUGUCGCUGGCAGUCAGUGACCUGAUGAUGGCCAUCUUCUGUAUGCCCUUCACCCUCAUCCCCAACAUCCUCGAGGACUUCAUCUUUGGAGCCUCCAUGUGCAAGAUUGUGACCUAUUUUAUGGGAAUCUCUGUCAGCAUCUCCACCUUCAGCCUCGUCGCCAUCGCCAUUGAGAGGUACAGCGCCAUCUGCAACCCGCUGAAGUCGCGGGUUUGGCAGACCCGGUCCCACGCCUAUCGCGUUAUCGCCACCACGUGGGUGGUUUCGCUGCUAAUCAUGAUUCCGUACCCGGUGUUCAGCCACAUCAAGACUUUCCCCAAGUUCAACGGCACUGUGGGACACAUGUGUCGCCUCUACUGGCCCAGUCAUCAGGCUGAACAGACCUGGUAUGUGCUCCUACUGUUCAUUCUGUUCUUCAUCCCGGGAGUGGUGAUGAUGGUAGCCUACGGUCUGAUCUCCAGAGAACUCUACCGAGGCAUGCGAUUCGAGAUGGGCCAGAGCACAGAGAACUCUGGACAGAAAAAUGGUGUCAGUAGGGCUUCUGCGGCGCGGUCCAAUGACGAUGAAGACGAUGGCUGCUACGUCCAGGUAGCUAAAAAGCCCUCCUCCGCUGUGGAGCUCCCCACUGUCGCCGCCACGUCGGCCGCCACUCAGGCCAAGACCGAGCGAGCCCGCAGCAGCGCGUCAAACGCCAAGCUGCAGGCCAAGAAGCGAGUCAUUCGCAUGCUGUUGGUGAUCGUCGCGCUCUUCUUCAUCUGCUGGAUGCCACUGUACUUCGCCAACACCUGGAAAGCCUUUGACCUGAGGUCAGCCUCCAUGGCCCUCUCUGGAGCCCCCAUCUCCUUCAUCCACCUGCUGUCCUACACCUCUGCCUGUGUCAACCCCAUCAUUUACUGCUUCAUGAACAUGCGCUUCCGCAAGGCCCUGCUGACCACGUUCGCGUGCUGCUGCCGCGGUCGCCUCUGCCGCCACUGCAGGAGGAGUGAAGGAGGAGAAGACGGCGCCACUGCCACCUCCAUGGCCACGACAAUGGCCACCUCUGUGUCCAAAAUCAGCUACACCACCGUCAGCACCGUCGCCACCUGAUGAAUGCGCGCGGGUGGCUGUCGUACAGCGGUUGCCAUGUGCACCAUCUGUUUUGUCUUUAUUAACCUCCUGUUUUCCACUCUUCAUAUUAACAUGCUGUGAGUCAUGCGCUAAUUCUAAACCCGGCCCUUGUUUAUAAGGUAUUUUUAAAAGGUCUUGUUCAAAUUUCGUAUGCAUGACUGCAGAAUGUGAUGACUGGGGAAAUGCUGUUUCAGCUUGGGGACGCUCUUUUCUUCUUCUUCUUCUUCUUUAAUUGGCACCAUCCGUCGUAUCCUGAAUGGAAACUUCAAGUGCCUGUGCUCUCUGUGUGUCUCUGUCAUGCCAGGUUGUUCACUGGCGGAGACGGAUGGACAUUUUUAGAGACAACUACAUAAGGAAUAUAAAUCCUGUGAACGUGUAUAUACCAUCUUUAUGUUCUGAACACACCAAAGGUUUAUUUGUGACUGUUAAACAGUGAGGACUCUUUAACUCAGUAAUGAAGGAGAAGGGAUUUUAGAUCCGUUUGUGUUGAAUGUUGUUUUAUCUUUAUUUAUUCUGGGUAUCUGUCUUUCUAUGUCUGUUAUUAUUGAAGGAUACACAGUUUGGGUCCAAGUUGGACUCGUAAAUAUUUGAAAAUAUCGUCCUCGCUCUUCUUGUGAGUGUAAGGAGGGGUUCAUACUUUCCUCAUCCUUGGGUGCACAGAGACCCGCUAAGGUCUGUGUGAUGUGAAUUGUGUUAUGUUGGCCUGCACAGACCCUACGUGGAUGCAUCCGCUCAAACUUCCCGUUUGAUUACGCGCAGACUGCACACGCCACUUUUGUAGUCGGCGGCGCGCAAAGAAGACGGUAACCAUGGAAACUUGAGUGACGUUAUAUGGGGGAAGUCUGCUGGUACCCACACGUGUACAAGUCAGCUCUCAAGGAAUACAAGGAAACACAACGGAACGGAACAUGACAGCGAGUACGCAUUUAUGGAACACUAGACUCACGCGAACCCUUGUUAAAGUAUGGACAGAACCACGGGUUUGUAUGUAGCUUCAUAAAUGCAGAGCGGUUCUCCACGGAAGCCAAAUGCAGUAAGUAUGAGUUAUGUGUUAUGUUUUAUUACUCACUUUGUGAUUCGGACCAGAGCCUCCGACAUUUAUCUUGCACAUUUAUUCUGUAUACACAUCUUGAAGAUAAACACCUCAACGCUAUAAUUAAGUCUUAUCCUGGCAGGUAUAAACAAGAAAGCCUGGUAUAGUAUCAGGCAAUUCCCUCGUGAUCAUCCACUGUGCAUUGUGACAAACAGGCUCGGUCAUGGAAGUUAAAUCUCCCGCCAGCGCUGUAACAAGUACUUUGAGAGCUUAUGCAGAAUUUAAUAUCACCAUCAUCUUUACAUUAAUACAUCAAUAGGACAAUUAGCAAGAUAGUCCAUCCAUGAAAGGUUUGUUUUAACUGCUUGCUGCUCCACUCUGGAACUGGAAAAGUGCUUCAGACAAAGACACCUUUUUCCCGCUCAAUUAUCUGUGUCUUUGUUCUCUUGUUUUCCACGGCAGUGCUGCCAAUUACUCUUGAGCAUUACCUAAGUACAAAGCCCCCCCCCCGUCUGCAGGCUCAGACUAACGAGGUGUUUCUCAGGGACCCUCUCUCGCGGUGCAAGCCUCAUGGCUUUGCCGUUAUAAAACCGACAGGAAAUGUCAGGCCCUCGUCUCCGUGAUGAUGGUAAUGACGAUAAUAACAACAUUGAGUCAUAAAGAGCUUUAUGCUGUGUGCUGUGCGAGUGCGCCCGGAGAACAUCAGACUCAAGGAAACGCUUGAGCAAAUACGAGCACGGGCAAAAAUGAGUGAAAUAAAAGAAGAGCAGAGACGGUAAUGAAAUACAGAACUGUCUGAUCUUUAAAUAUGAAGCCAGAGCCAGGCGAUAGUGUCAUUUAGCGAAACGUCUGCUAGAAAUAUGUUUUAUGGUCAAAUCCAUUCAUGUGCAGCUUGUUCAGGAUUUUUUUUUUUAAUGUUGGAAUUUCAAUUUUUUCUCUUGUCAGCCAUGCUGCUAUUGUGGCCUUAUUGAGCAUGAGUUGAGUAUCUGUCAGGCUCAGGAAAUGUGCAUAUAUGUAGACGCCUAUUAUUGUCAAAGUCUAUUAGGUGCAGGAAGCUAAAACUUAGUUUAAUAGAAGGACAAUUCUCUCAUAAAGGUCAAAAUGUUUUGUUUCACUGUAUGGUCAUUAUGGAGGAUGUGGUUUGUGGUGCUGAUGAAGCUUGUCCACAUUACACAGAGGUGUCUUUUUAAUUUAUAGCCGUUUCAAUGAUGUAUGUAAUAUUUACAGUCACAGCUUUGAGAGUUUGAUCCAGAUGAGUGUUUAAAGCUCUUCAUAAACAUUAUUCCAGAGUUGCAUAGAAAUGAUUCAUCUUUAAUACAUUCGGGAAAUCCUGCCAAAACAUGAAAAUGAUAGUAUUACAGUGAAUAAUUUAACGCCCCAUUUGGACACACAAUAUUGAAAUUGGCCACGAGCCUCUGCAGCAGAAAAAUGUGUGAUGUAAUACUUCAGUAACAACUUUCAAGUCCGCUCGUCUUUCCCAUACCCUCGCCCCCCCCACUCACCGCUCUUUUAUCCUUUUAGUCGCAGAGGCGUAUGAAUACAUGAAUGACAAUGCCAAGUGGGUGACAGCAAAGAUUUACAGGCACCGGCGCUGUCCGAGAGUGAUUUACUGACGAUGGCAAAGGUGGCAGCAUGGAUCAAAUCACAGGCAUACAAUUGGCACACAAAGGAAUCCCUGACUCAACUCUUGUGUCUGGAAGUUUUCAAGAACAUGAGUGACUUCCAUGUCUCUGCUGUGAGUGAGUUUAGGAUUGAUUUGACGUUUGUCUGUGCGCUAAAUGUUGUCUUCUGAAAAUGUGUGGACAUCAUGCAAUCGGGGGCCUCAAAUUUAGUGCAAUGCAAAAUAUACUGUAUUUGACAUGAGCAUGGCUGAUCAGGAAUCAUCACCUUCAACUCCAGACCUGGUAAUGGAUUUGUUCCAUAGCCUGUAGCUGAAGAACCUCACUGAAUAAAUCUCAGUCUCUGGUCAUGUGCAUUAUAAAUGAAAAAGGCAAAAACUUUAUCAUAAAAGUUGAUACAAUCCCCUCAGAGGGAGACGGGGUUUGCUCAUUAAAAAUGCUCUUUUUGCUGAAUUUCAUAUCGAUUUAGCCGUUUCUCCUCAGCAGGUUGAAGUAUGAAUUAUUAAAAUGAGCAAAGCAUCCACUCCAA